UUUUGAUUUACUUUUUCAGCUUUUUGUCUCCAUAUCUUCCGUACCAAGACAUGGCGUUCCCGCCACUUCAACCUUUACCUGAAAUAAAUGUCUGGGAUAAAAAGAAAGACAAGACAGCUUAUCUACAUAAGCCGCCAACCAUACAACCAAACUACGGACAAAAAGGCAAACGUAGUCUACUACCAAAAACCAACAUUUCCAGAGUCCUCUUGUACGAGAACACAAUGCAAGACAAUGUCUUGGAUGUUCAAGUGAAAUAUCUCACCAAGCAAAAACGAAACUUCCGCUUUACACACCGUAAACUUAGAUAUGCUUUCAUAGAUACAUUAAAUCAUCGCCGGAAGUGGCAUGAAGUAUGGGAUGCUAGUUAUCAGCGAAUGAAAGAUGCGUUUAUUGCCAAGUACGGGACACGGUAUAUGCCGGUUCCAACACCGGAACCGGAAAUAGAUCCAUUUACCAUUUAUGCAAGAUUAGCACCACCAAUAAAUGUUCUAUGCUUCUAUCUAGACUCUCAGCAAGGACUCAACCAAUUAAAGAAAGAGAAACAAAAAGAAACUCACAAAUCACUCAUGGCCCCGCAUAAAACAAGCGAAUCUGAGUAUCUGCAAGAUCACGAACGCUUGGUAAACAACCGAGAUUAUGAGCCGAUGCUAUACACGCGCUCAACUGAGGACCCGAGAUUCAGACGACUCGAAGAAUGUUUGGCUCCUCCUACUUUCAAUACAGACGGAUACAGCCAACUUAGUCCAGGUUUUUGUAAGGCUGAUGCGAAGGUUAAGAAAUGGGCUGUAAGGCAUCGAGGUAUAGUUCUGCCGAAGUUUUAUACCCGACACCUAGUAGCAUCCAGAGAGUCCACGAAGAUACCAAGCGGUAGAGUUUCUGUUGAAAAAGAUACAACAUUCCCGAUCAUUGAUGACGAUCGUUCAAGCCUGUCGGAACUAUCAACUAAAGAAUUAACAAAUGAAAAUACAAAAGAACAGAUAACUAAGUAUACUGACGAACAGGUUAUAGAACAUACUAAAGAACAAACACAAGAACAAUAAAAAGAGUAAAACAAAGAUAUUAAUAACUGAAAUAAUGCUGCAUUGUGUCUAAUUUACUAUUUAAUGUGUUUCUUACGAUGUGUGUUUUGACACAAUGGCAUAACAUCAAUGGAAUAUUAUAACGGGUAUAGAAAUGAUGCAAUAACGAACAUACGAAUAUAUUUAAGGAUAGAAAAAACAACACAUGAAUGAAUACGGAUUAAUUGUUUUUACUAUCAACGUUUCGACUUACGCCUUCAUCAGGAUAAAUAUUUUUCCUUUGCCAUAACGAAUAGGAAUAAAUUGCCAUAACGAACAGUGAAAUGACGGAAGUCAAAUAUAUGUUGCGUUCUUGUAGAUAUACUAAAUUCUGUGAUGAAAUGUUUGUUUUGAUAUUAUAAAAACCUCAUAUAUUGUAAUUUCCUAUCGGGGAUCUUUUAUCGUAAAUGUAAGAAGAUAAACGAAUAGCUGUUCAAAGUACAUGUAUGAAUUGGCAGUUUUGUUUUGAAACGAUAUGGAAUUACUCCCGACAGCUAUGUCUCGUAUAGCCUAGCAUCAAACCUAUUUAUCCUAUAGCUAAGAUUCUCUGAAAUGAUGUUUAGUCAGAUACAAUAAAUAAUAAAUAUA